AUGCGCAUGCAGUAUGUGAAGCAAAAUCGUCCUGAAGCAAUUCUUCCAGUUACAAAGCUUAAAAACUAUGGAGAAGUCACGGAAGACAUUAUUUUAGAUGCACUAAGACGAGUUCUUAUUACAUACUCCACUUUGCAAGCACAUGAUGGGCAUUGGCCUGGCGGUUUCAGUGGGAUUCUUUUCAUCAUGCCUCUCAUGAUAUUUGCUUUAUAUGUCACCGGAUCACUCGAUAUGGUCAUAUCACCAGAGCAUAUACGUGAGAUAUGUCGUUACAUUUACAACAUCCAGAAUGAAGAUGGUGGGUGGAGCACACAUAUUUUGGGUCCUAGCUCCAUGUUUGGCUCUUGUGUAAACUAUGUAACAUUAAGGAUCCUUGGUGAGGAGCUUGAUGGCAAUGAGGCAUUAUACAAAGGGCGUGCAUGGAUUUUAUCUCAUGGUAGUGCAACUGCAUCACCACAACGGGCAAAGAUAUGGCUCUCGGUAAUUGGAGUGUAUGAUUGGUCUGGGAAUAAUCCAGUUAUUCCAGAACUAUGGUCGGUUCCACAUCUUCUUCCAAUUCAUCCAGGAAAAUUUUGGUGCUUCUGUCGGAUGGUUUAUAUGCCAAUGGCUUAUAUUUAUGGGAAAAAAUUUGUUGGCCCCAUUACUCCAACAAUACUAGCACUAAGAGAUGAGCUCUAUAAUAAACCAUACAGUGAGAUCAAUUGGAACAUGGCUCGUAGUUCGUGUGCCAAGGAAGACCUUGUCUACCCACCUUCAUGGAUGCAAAAUAUUGUGUUGGCUUGUUUACACAAAUUUGUGGAACCAAUGUUAAGUUGGUGGCCAUUUAACAAGCUACGAAAAAGUGCUUUGAGUAGCCUCAUGGAUCAUAUCCAUUAUGAAGAUGAAAAUAGCAACUAUGUCGGUUUAUGUCCUAUUAACAAGGUAUUAAAUAUGAUUUGUUGUUGGAUAGAGGACCCCAAUUCCUAUGCAUUCAAACGACAUCUUCCAAGAAUUCAUGAUUUCUUAUGGAUUUCAGAAGAUGGAAUGAAGGCAAAGGUGUAUGUUGGCUGCCAGAGCUGGGAGACAGCACUUACAGCUCAAGCCUUUUGCUCAACCAACCUUGCCAAAGAAUUUGCUCCAGUUCUUAGAAAGGCCCAUGGGUUUCUAAAAGCAGCACAGGUUACUCAGAAUUUUCCUACUUACAACAUUUAUUAUCGUGAAAGAUCAAAAGGAGCAUGGACUCUCUCAAAUGGAGAGAAUGGUUGGCCUAUCGCUGACACUACUGCAGAAGCGAUUAAGGCAUUACUAUUACUAUCAAAAUAUUCUCCAAGCCUUGUUGGAGACCCAAUUGAAGAACAAAGAUUGUACGAUGCUAUUGAUUGCCUUCUUUCUUAUGUGAAUAAAGAUGGAACACUUUCUUCGGCAGAAUGUAAAAGAACGACUCCAUGGGUAGAGAUUCUGAAUCCUUCAGAGAGUUUCCGAAACAUCAUCGUUGACUACCCCUAUGUUGAAUGCACCUCAUCCUUAGUUCAAGCUCUAAUAUUGUUCAAAAACUCAUACCCUGAGUACCGUUGUGAAGAGAUAGAAGAAUGCAUCAAGAAAGGGACAUUAUUCAUCGAGAAACAACAACGAACCGAUGGCUCAUGGUAUGGUACUUGGGGUGUGUGCUUCACUUAUGCAUCCUUCUUUGCCACAAAAGGAUUAGUUGUUGCUGGAAGAACAUACGAGAAUAGUGUUACCAUUAGGAAGGCAUGCAGCUUCUUGCUGGCAAAGCAGCUCAGUUCAGGUGGAUGGGGGGAGAACUAUCUUGGUUGCGAGACUGAGGUUGAAAGAGAUCCCACACCAAUGUAUCAUGCUGCAAAAGAAUUGAUAAACUUGCAAACUGAGACAGGAGAAUUUCCCCAACAAGAAACUGUUGGGAACUUCAAUUCGUCUCUUUAUUUCAACUAUAGCAACUACCGCAACUUGUUUCCUAUUUGGGCUCUUGGAGAGUUUCACCACCGACUUGUUGGCAACAAGAACUGA